AUGUGGCAUAGGAAUUUGAUGUGCCCCCCAGUCUGUCAUCAGUGGGAAAGCAGCAGCAGUGGACCAGGGGUGGUUGACAAUUGGCAGACAACAACAUUGCCUGAAAAUUUGAAGCAGAUCUACAAUUGUGAUGAAAGUGCCCUCUUCUACAAGCUGCUGCCGAACAAGUCCUUGGUCCUGAAAGGGGACACCUGUCAUGGGGGUAAGAGACCCAAGGGUAGGCUCACAUUCAUGGCCUGCGCCAAUAUAGAUGGUUCAGAUAAGAUGGAGCUUCUGGUGGUGGGUAGGGUGUGGACACCCAGAUGCUUCAAAAAUGUGAAAAACAUCCCACUGGAUUACCAUGCCAACAACAAGGCCUGGAUGACCUCCAACCUCUUCACUCAGUGGUCCAAGAAAUUGGAUAGGAGGGAGGACAAGAAGGUGGCCCUCGUCCUAGACAACUGCCCAGCCCACCUAGGUCAAGUUCCAGGCCUCACCAACAUCACCCUGUUCUUUCUUCCACCAAACACCACUAGCAAAACCCAACCACUUGACCUUGGCAUCAUCCAAAAUCUAAAUAUGCACUUCAGAAAGGAGUUGUUGCUGAGAGAGAUCAAGGAUGACCCCAAGGAUGACAUUCCCCUAUCUCAGCUGGCAAUGUAUGAGGAUGGCAUUCCACUUGCCAGCUUAUUCCAGCAAGCCAGCCAGUACAUGGAAGUAGAAAGCACACUGGAUGACUACCUCAGUGCUGACCAGGACCUGAUAGCAGUGACUAAGGAAACUGAGGACGACAUCUUUAAAGAUGUGAUGUCCAAGCACAUUGGCCCCCGGGGACAUCCAGGACGGAGAGGAAGAGGGCAUCACCCCCAACCCCAGCCACCAAGUUGUGAAACCAUCUUAUCACAUCUUAAGGACAUCCAGCUGUUCCUGGAAACCCAUCCAGACAUGUCUGACGAGUUCCAACACAUCCAGAGAAUAGCCAGAAGAACAAGAGUCAAGUCCAUGAACAAUAAGAAACAGAAAACAACAGCUGACUUUUCCUCACAAAAGUGA